AUGGAUGAAAAAUUAACACUGAACGGCUUACCAGCAAUCACCCCUCAUUUCCGCUCAUUCGAAGUUGGUCAAUCCGGAUUUUUGACAAUGAGAACACGUUUUAUUAAUCACAUCAAUAAUCAGGUUAGGCGAUUUGCCACGCAAUUACGACUCGUUUCUGCUUGUCUACCCCCUCACAACCAAAAGCCACGUUUCCCCCUCACAACCAAAGGCCACGUUUCGUGUGAUUACCACGUUUUAUCAGAAGGCAAUUGUGGGGCAUCAGUGCGUCAACAAUCGUAUAUGGGUUGGUUGGAGGUGGGUUCGCACGUAGCAUACAAGCCAACGUCAGUUGCAGCCAAAAUUCUAGUCUUCAAGAGGAACGUAUGCGAAUUGGUUAAUCUUUUUACAGGUAUGAGAAUCCUACUCACUGGCGCCGCAGGAUUUAUUGGAAGCCAUGUAGCUUUAGAACUACUCAAGUCUGGUUAUGAGAUUGUCUGUGUAGACAACUUUUCGAACUCAGUUCAAGAUAAAGAUGGAAAUGCGAUCAGUCUCAAAAGAGUCUCACAAAUCGUUGGCAAAGACGUACCGUUCAUGUUCGCUGAUUGUUGCAAUCAACAACAAACGGAAGCCGUUUUCCAAAAGUUCAAAAUUGAUGGUGUUGUGCAUCUAGCGGGUUUGAAAGCUGUUGGUGAAUCAGUUGAAAAGCCACUGGAGUAUUAUCGCAACAAUUUAUUGGCCACUCUUCUGUGCCGUAAGUAUGGCGUGAAAAAUUUUGUAUUCUCAAGUAGUGCCACAGUAUAUGGACCACCGCAACACUUACCAAUCACAGAGAAGGACAAUGUUGGAUGUGGUAUAACGAACCCAUACGGACAAACCAAAUACAUGAUUGAGCAAAUACUUAUCGAUCUUUCGAAAGCUGAAAAGGAUUGGAAUAUCAUUUUGUUGCGAUAUUUCAACCCGGUUGGUGCGCAUUCGAGUGGUUUGAUUGGUGAAGAUCCAAAAGGUAUUCCGAACAAUCUGAUGCCAUUCGUCAGUCAAGUAGCUAUUGGCAGACUACCAUAUCUGACUGUUUACGGUGACAAGUUUCCCACUCCUGAUGGAACUGGUGUGCGAGACUACAUCCAUGUCGUAGAUUUGGCACGUGGUCAUGUUGCUGCUUUUGAUCGCAUCAAAAGAAUAGCUCACUUGGGUUGUGAAGUGUAUAACUUGGGUACAGGCAAAGGCUACUCGGUUUAUGAAAUGGUGCACGCUCUGGAAAAAGCAUCCGGAAAAAAGAUACCAACAAAAGUAGGUGUGCCAAGGCCUGGUGAUGUGGCUUGCGUAUAUUGUGAUCCGUCAUUAGCCGCUGAAAAACUUGGAUGGAAAUGCGAAUAUGGCCUGAACGAGAUGUGUGCUGAUCUAUGGAACUGGCAAACCAAAAAUCCAAACGGUUUCCUUGUUGAGUCAUAA